GAUGCGUGUGCGCGCGCCGGACGGCCCCGUAUUGUUCUGUUCCGCUCGGUUCCUGUUUGCUGGCCGUUCCGGGAAGCGGCUGCGCCUCCCUCCGCUACACGCAGAAAAUACUUACGUUAACUAAUGCGCAUAACCGCCGAAAGUUCUUUUUUUUUUACUCCAGACACUUUUUAACACUCUGUUACCGUCGAGGAUUUAGUUUUGGACCUGUUUGUGAGUCUGUGGUAUUUGUGUGUUCUCGGCUGUUGAUAUCUGAACUGGGAUAAAAGGGGGGGAUAAAGGGAAAGGAAAACUUUGACGGAAUUUGUCAUUCCACCAUUUUGAGGCGUCCGCCCUUUCCAAGUUUCUCACCCGUUUUGUGUUCGAAUCGGCGUGAAAGAAUGACAAGCAUUAACACACCCAAUAUUAAUUUCAAAUGGGAUCCAAAAAGCUUGGAGAUCCGCACAUUGGCUGUGGAGAGACUCCUUGAGCCCUUGGUUACUCAGGUCACCACACUGGUGAACACCAGCAACAAAGGACCAUCCAAUAAGAAGAAGGGUCGCUCCAAGAAGGCGCACGUCCUUGCUGCUUCAGUAGAAACAGCCACGCUGAAUUUCCUUGAAAAAGGAGACAAGAUUGCAAAGGAGAGCCAGUUUCUCAAGGAUGAGCUUACUGAAGCAGUGGAAGAUGUGCGCAAACAAGGGGAGUCGAUGAAGACUGCCUCUGGAGAGUUUGCUGAAGACCCUUGCUCCUCUGUGAAGCGGGGGAACAUGGUGCGGGCCGCUCGGGCCCUGCUCUCCGCCGUCACUCACCUGCUGGUUUUGGCCGACAUGGCUGAUGUCUACAAGCUACUGGUGCAACUCAAACUGGUGGAGGAGAACCUGGCAAAGGUCCGCAAUGCAGGCACUGAGCAGGAUCUUGGCAUUUACUAUAAAGCUCUGAAGCCUGAAGUGGAUAAACUGAAUGCAAUGGCAGGCAAGAGACAGCAGGAGCUGAAGGACGUCCACCACAAGGACCAGAUGGCGGCAGCGCGCGGAGUGCUACAGCGCAACAUCCCCAUGCUGUACACGGCUUCACGUGCCUGUUUGCAGCAUCCCGACGUGGCUGCCUACAAGGCCAACCGUGACCUCAUCUAUAGGCAGCUCCAGAGUGCCGUCUCUGGCAUCUCCAACGCCGCCCAGGCCGCCGAAUACUCCGCGAAUCAGCAGGCAGGGGGAGGAGAGCUGGCCCACGCCCUCAACAACUUUGAUAAACAAAUCAUCGUGGACCCUAUGAGCUUCAGCGAGGACCGAUUCCGCCCUUCCCUGGAGGAGCGAUUGGAGAGCAUCAUCAGUGGGGCCGCCCUCAUGGCCGACUCGUCCUGCACACGCGAUGACCGCAGGGAGCGCAUAGUGGCAGAGUGCAAUUCUGUCAGGCAGGCGCUGCAAGACCUGCUCUCAGAAUACAUGGGCAACGCUGGCAGAAAAGACAGAAGUGAUGCCCUGAACACAGCCAUUGACAGGAUGACUAAGAAGACGCGUGAUCUACGCAGACAGCUGCGCAAAGCAGUAAUGGACCAUGUGUCAGACUCUUUCCUGGAGACCAACGUCCCACUUCUGGUCCUGAUUGAAGCGGCUAAGAAUGGCAAUGAGAAGGAGGUGAAGGAAUAUGCCCAAGUUUUCCGAGAACAUGCCAACAAGCUCAUUGAGGUCGCCAAUCUGGCUUGCUCCAUUUCCAAUAACGAGGAAGGAGUGAAGCUUGUCCGCAUGGCAGCCUCCCAGCUGGAGGCCCUCUGUCCCCAGGUGAUUAACGCCGCCCUGGCCUUAGCUGCCAAGCCCAACAGCAAAGUAGCUCAGGACAACAUGGAUCUUUUCAAAGACCACUGGGAGAAGCAAGUCCGUGUGCUUACUGACGCUGUGGACGACAUAACUUCCAUCGAUGACUUCCUGUGUGUGUCUGAAAACCACAUCCUGGAGGAUGUGAACAAGUGUGUGAUUGCUCUGCAAGAAAAGGAUGUGGAUGGGCUGGAUCGCACUGCUGGGGCUAUUCGGGGCCGUGCGGCCAGGGUGGUUCAUGUGGUGACGUCGGAGAUGGACAACUAUGAGCCGGGGGUCUACACUGAGAAAGUGCUGGAGGCCACCAAGCUUCUGACAGACACAGUGAUGCCCCGCUUCACGGAGCAGGUCGAGGCUGCCGUGGAAGCCCUGAGUGCAAACCCCACUCAGCCUGUGGACGAGAAUGAAUUUAUCGAUGCCUCCCGUCUGGUGUACGACGGUGUGCGUGACAUCAGGAAGGCUGUGCUGAUGAUCAGGACCCCCGAGGAGCUUGACGACUCAGACUUUGAGAUGGAAGACAUUGAUGUGCGCAGCAGGACCAGUGUGCAGACAGAUGAUGAUCAGCUGAUUGCGGGGCAAAGCGCUCGGGCUAUUAUGGCCCAGCUUCCUGAAGAGCAGAAAGCUAAGAUUGCAGAACAGGUGGCCAGCUUUCAAGAGGAGAAGAGCAAGCUGGACGCUGAAGUGUCCAAGUGGGACGACAGUGGGAAUGACAUCAUUGUGCUUGCCAAGCAGAUGUGUAUGAUCAUGAUGGAAAUGACGGACUUCACCAGGGGGAAAGGGCCUCUGAAGAACACAGCUGAUGUAAUUAGUGCCGCCAAGAAGAUCGCAGAAGCUGGAUCAAGAAUGGACAAGCUGGGUCGUGCCAUUGCUGAUGAGUGCCCGGACUGUGCAUACAAGAAGGAUCUUCUGGCCGACCUGCAACGCAUCGCUCUCUUCUGCCACCAGCUGAACAUCUGCAGCAAAGUAAAGGCAGAAGUGCAAAAUCUUGGUGGGGAGCUUGUGGUCUCUGGGGUGGACAGCGCUAUGUCCCUCAUUCAAGCCGCAAAGAACUUGAUGAACACUGUCGUCUCUACAGUAAAGGCGUCUUAUGUAGCUUCCACCAAGUACCAAAAGGUCGGGGCAGUGCAGUCACUCAACAUGCCUGCCAUCUCUUGGAAGAUGAAGGCCCCAGAGAAGAAGCCCCUAGUCAAACGUGAGAAGCAUGAUGAUGGCCAAACCAAGGUGAAGAGGUCCUCCCAGAAGAAGCACAUAAACCCUCUGCAAGUCUUGAGCGAAUUCAAAGCUAUGGAUAGUAUCUAAGAAUCCUCAUCCUCCAAGUAUAUAUCAAUGGAAAAAUUGCUGACAGGAUAUGAUGCGCGUAAAAUAUUGAUUUAUGCUUUUGAAUCUAGUUGGGGCCUUGUCUUCCUGGAGCAUUAUGCCUCAGAAGGCAAUUUACCAAGUUGCACAGCCUUUAGAUGACUGUACUUUAAAAAGGAAUUUUUCAAUUUUGUGAACACUAAAAGGGAUGGGCUGUCUUCUGAAUUUAAUUCCCAUACAAUUUUGUUAAAAUUUAGUAUUUCAUGUUUUAUUUACUUUGGUUCUUCUGUGUAUUUUAUAAAGUUUUUUUUUUUUUGCGUUACUCAUGCUCUCACAAGAUGCCUUUGCUACAUAGCGGUUAAUUUUGUGCAUAUAGACUGACCUGCCUUGAUUCCUUUAUAAUCCUUUGCAGUACUUACUGAUGAAUGGCUAACUUGGUCAUGCUUUUAGAGGGAAUGGGGAUCAUUUUGGUUUAAAUCUGAAAUCCAAAGUUUUCGUAUGCAAAUAAAGUUCAGCUAUAAGAUUUUCUUUGUAGUACCUCGUCGUGUGAUUGCAAUCUGACAGGUGUGAUUUUUUUUUUUUUCCUGUAUUAUGAUUUUAUUUUAAUGUAUCAGCGUGUUAAGAACCUUUAGAACUAUUAGUCGCAUAACAGCCUGUCCCCGGAGUCUCUGGUAACAAGCAUUUUUUUCCCUCUUUGUUUUAAUCCCCCUCAUAUGGAAAAUGGUCAGUAUAGUAUUUAAAAAAAUAAAAAAAAAACUAAUCGUUAUAGAAUGACAAAUUUGAUGUCACUUGGGGGCUUUUUGUUUCGUAUGAUCCCUCCACAAAUGCAUUCUUGAAGAUUGAACAGUCCGACAAAGCUGGGCGUUCAGACUGGGUAUCUGAAUGGCUCUGGACACUGGGUUCUGUUGGGCCAUCUUGUAGUCACUAGCCUUUCCAGCCGCAAUUGCUGUAACACACGCACCCGAUUUGACAUGUUCUGGCUCCUUUUCAGUAUCUGCAUAGUAUCAAUUAAAGCUCCUCAAUAAAUCAAUUGUUGUUCCUUGAGCCUUAAGUUUGGAAUCAAUAAUCCCCCCCACAGUAAGUUACUGAUUAUGCUGAAUGACCUUCUAGGUCAGUUUUUGAUGUGGUCUACUGAAGAUGUAAAAUGUUUUACAUGUUUUAAAAACCAUUUGGUAACACUAGUUUCACUUUCACCCUUGGCUGAUUUCAAGGUUAAUCGUAAAUCCUUAUUGGAAAAGUUUGAAAACCUGUUCAGUGCUAAGAUGGUGUGCCUUAAACUUGCCAUUCGAUGGUUUUAACUGAGUUUGAAAAGGAAAUGGCAAUUCUCUCAAGACUGACUGCAGUAAUGCUUCUCUCCAAGUAUAGUUAAUCUAGUCAAUGGUUUUGAGCCAGUCAAACAUAGCUGGACUUGACUGGCCAUUUUUUCCUUACAAAUCAAUUUAUCCCGUGUCUGUAGUGAAAUUGUGUUGUUUUUUUUUUUUUAAAUACCUUGCUUUCUUGAUUUGUGGUAUUUUAAGUUGCAUAGUUGAAUAAAAUGUGUAGCUUGUGAUUCCAGCUAAUUAUGAUCUCCAAGCCUUGAGUCAGAAUAGUAAAAUGUGCAAUAUAGCCAGUAUGCUUAACAUUUACAGUAAGGGGAAAUGAAAUCUUAGGCAAUGGAUGAGCAGGAAGUUAACAUUGUAGGUUUUGUGGAUUCCACUACAUGAAUAUUUAUGAAUGACGUGUAUGUGGAUGGGAAAUUUUCUUAAUCUGCUGCAUGAAACUUUCUGGAAUUCAUUUCCUUGUUUCUGACUAUCUGCAGGUGUCUUUCUGGACCACGGGAAAUUAAAUGAUUCUGACUUCCAUAUGUUUUAUGUAACAGCUUUCUGCUUUAUAUGGAUCUGUUAACAGGUCUUUUUUUUUUAAAUAAAUGUCUAACAUAUG